AUGGAAAAGAAAAGCCUUAUCCUUGCUGGCUUAUAUCUAGCAAUGUUCGCGAACUCACUUGUAGUGACUAUUAUUUUCCCGUUUGCAAGCAAGAUGGUCACAUUAUUUGGAAAAGCAGACAACAGAUCCACUACAGGCUAUUGGGUCGGCAUUUUGACAUUUUCAAUGAUGUUUGGCCGAACCACCACAUCUCCAAUCUGAGGCUAUUUAUGUGAUAGAUGAGGCAGAAGACCUUUAAUUAUCAUAGGAAUGGCUUCAAUAAUCCUUUUUUCUCUUUUAUUUGGCUUUGCCCAGAAUAUGGCAUGAGCCCUGAUUUCCCGAUUUUUAAUAGGUGUAUUUACGCCUCUCGAUAUUUCUAUCAGAACAGUCCUUUCUGAAAUUUGCCCAGGUCCUGAGCUAUCCUCAGCAAUGGUAAUACAGUCUAUUGUAUAUUCCUUACUCCCCCCCCCCCUCCGUGAGCGAACAAAAAAAUUUUGUUCGCUCACGGAGGGGGGUUAAUUUUUUUUUUUAAAAAAAAAUUUAUAUAUAAAUUUUAUAAAAAAUAUUUUUUUUCGAAAUUUAAAAAAAUCCUAAUUUGCAAAAAUUGGGAAGCAAAUAUUAAUUUAAUUUGCAAAAUUUAUGUUUUAAAACGCAAUUUGUUUAAAAUUAAACAGAAUUAGCUCUAGAUUUCAUUAUACUAAUUAUCACUUAUAUAUCAAAAUUUUUUUCCAUUAAAAUUUUUUCUAUUAAAAAAAUUUUUGUUCACUCACGGAGGGUGGUGGGUUUUUGGUCAAAAAAUGGCGAUUUUUCUAAUGGUUUUGUUCGCUCACGGAGGGGGGGGGGGAGUUUAGGAAAUAUCAGUGGAAAUAUAGUAGGUGGGAUUUUUGAAGAUCCAGCGUCAAAAGGUAUGAUAACCUCAGGUAUCUUUGCAGAUUACCCAUUUUUGCUUCCUAAUACAAUUGCUUCAGUUUUUGCUUUGAUUUCUUUGAUAUUGGUGUACCCGACCCUCCAUGAAACCCUUAUAAAGUCAAGGUUAACCCAAAACUUAAUUCCAAUAAAAUGUCGAUCUAUAUGACAAAUUUUUACCGACCCUUUGGUGUUUACACCAAUAAUUGUAAGUGUUAUUGUUUCGCUUAAUUCAACAGCUUUUCAUGAAUUAUGCACACUUUGGUUUUGGGCACAUGUGGAAGAUGGAGGAUUUGAGAUGGACCCGAAUGAUAUUGGGAUCAUUCUUGCACUAAGCUCAAUUAUUUUGCUAUUUUUCCAAAAACAGCUGUAUGGAAAAUUAAUUAUGCUGAGAUAGACAAAUUUAAAGGGAAAAAAAAUUUUUAUAAAACAAUAUUUUUUGGGAUGAGAAAGAUUGGGAUAUUCUUUUGUAUAGAGAAUAAUAUAAUUGGAGUUGUGAGAUUAAUGAGAGAAAGUAUGCUGGCCGCAAUUCCUCUACUUUUAGUUAUCCCAAUUGCAAGUUUGUUCAAUAGAAUGGUGACAACAAGGUGAAUUGUGGUUAUUGUUGUCUGUGUGCUAUGACACUUGCUGUCGUUUAUUAAUUUUACCACGUCUAUGGUAAUUUCUAAUAACUCAGUUCUUCCGAAAGAAAGAGGAAGGCUAAAUGGGCUAUACCAAAUGGGAACAGCUAUAGCAAGAGCAGUUGCUCCUAUUAUUUUCGGGACAACAUUUGCGUUUACUUUGGAGAAUGGGUGGAGCUAUCCUUUCAAUUUUGCAUUUUCGUUUAACUUGAUGGCAAUUUUUGCUGGGUUAGCUUGAUUUUUAAGCCGAAAUGUCCCUGAAUCGUUAGAAAAUGCAAAAAUAGAUGAGGAUAUGGAAGUUGAUUCAGCAAAAUAUUAA